CACACUGGUACUACGGUCACAAUGCUGUGAGCAGCUGGAUGGAGAGGAUAUGGUUGGACGUGUUUUGUGCGCUGCGAGUGGAGUUGCUACUGAAUGGAUUGAUUUUUUACAACGUUACAAGACCGUUUGUUACUUAUGGUUGACUUAAAUGGAGCAAUGUGUCCGCUGGUUUUGCCGUGAAAUAGUGCACAGCAGGCUCCGGGGAAACAAACCGAAGACUGAGCUCCUUACAGCGGUAGUAGUACAAGCAGCCAGCCUGCUUUUACACCCGACUCUAUUACCGGCCGCUGUUGGAUAUAAAGUUAUUAUUACUGUGCUACGGAAGAUAUUUAACGCUUUUCUAUCUAGCAAAUCCCCGUAGUUGCUGAACGUUGAGAUAGUAAAGCAGCUGUGCAGGACUGUGGAAAAGGAAGCAUCUCGGAGCGGAGUUAUGGCAUUUUGAUACAUCUGUCAAGACACAACAACAAUAGACGAGGAUGAACAGGAAGAAGGAUAAAGGAUUUGAGAGCCCACGUCCCUUUAAAUUGACCCACCAGGUGGUGUGCAUCAAUAACAUCAACUUCCAGAGGAAGUCUGUCAUUGGCUAUGUUGAGCUGACCAUUUUCCCCACGGUGGUCAACUUGAACAGGAUCAAACUGAACAGCAAACAGUGCCGCAUCUACAGGGUCCGAGUCAAUGAGCUUGAAGCCCCAUUCAUUUACAAUGACCCCACACUGGAAGUGUGCCACCAUGAGUCCAAGCAGAGGAACCUCAACUAUUUCUCUAGCGCCUACACAGCAGCAGUAAGCGCUGUGGACCCAGAUGCAGGACAUGGAGAGCUGGUCAUCAAAGUUCCAUCUGAGCUCUGGAAACAAGGAGAUGAUCUAAAAGUGUUGAAGGUAUAUAUAGAAUUUUCCCUGGACCAGCCAAAAGGGGGUCUCCAUUUUGUUGUUCCUGAUGUGGAAGGCAGCAUGGCUGAAAGAGGAGCCCACGUGUUCUCUUUUGGAUAUCAGAACUCCACAAGAUUCUGGUUCCCCUGUGUGGACUCCUACUCAGAGCUAUGCACAUGGAAGUUAGAGUUCACUGUGGAUGCGUCCAUGGUGGCAGUGUCUUGUGGGGAUCUGGUAGAGACCAUCUACACCCAUGACAUGAGGAAGAAGACAUUCCACUAUGUCCUUCCCAUCCCGACCGCAGCCCCCAACAUCUCCCUCGCGGUGGGGCCCUUUGAAAUCCUUGUAGACCCCUACAUGCACGAGGUGACCCAUUUCUGCCUGCCACAGCUGCUCCCUCUGCUAAAACACUCCAUGUCCUACCUACAUGAGAUUUUUGAGUUCUACGAGGAGAUCCUGACAUGCCGCUAUCCUUAUGCCUGUUUCAAAACUGUGUUUGUGGAUGAGGCCUAUGUUCAAGUGUCCUCCUAUGCAUCUAUGAGUAUUUUCAGUACCAACAUGCUCCACAGUGCUAUGAUCAUAGACCAGACCCCACAGACUCGCCGUUGUCUGGCUCAGGCCUUGGCUCAGCAGUUCUUUGGCUGUUUCAUCUCCAGGAUGUCAUGGGCUGAUGAGUGGGUGUUGAAGGGAAUCUCAGGAUAUAUCUACGGCCUCUAUCUGAAGAAGACCUUUGGAGUCAAUGAGUACCGGCACUGGAUCAAGGAGGAACUGGACAAGAUUGUGGACUAUGAACUAAAAAUGGGAGGGGUUCUGUUGCAUCCAACUUUCAGUGGAGGCAAAGAGAAGGACAAUCCCACUCCCCACCUUCACUUCUCCAUCAAACACCCUCACACACUGUCCUGGGAGUACUACAAGAUGUUCCAGUGUAAGGCCCACCUGGUGAUGAGGCUGAUAGAAAACAGGAUCAGCAUGGAGUUCAUGUUGCAGGUUUUCAACAAGCUCCUGAGUCUGGCCAGUACCGCCUCAUCACAGAAGUACCAGAGUCACAUGUGGAGCCAGAUGCUUCUGUCCACUCAUGCCUUCCUCAAAUCCAUCUCCAACGUGUCUGGCAAAGACAUAGGCCCCCUCAUUAAACAAUGGGUAGACCAGAGUAGCGUGGUGAAAUUCUUUGGCAGUUUUGCCUUCAACAGGAAGAGGAAUGUGCUAGAGCUGGAGAUCCGUCAGGACUACACAUCAUCUGGAACUCAGAAAUAUGUGGGUCCCAUCAAGGUGACAGUCCAGGAGCUGGAUGGGUCCUUCAACCACACGUUGCAGAUAGAGGAGAACAGCCUCAAACAUGAUAUUCCCUGCCACUCAAAGAGCAGAAGGAACAAGAAGAAGAAGAUCCCCCUGAUGAAUGGAGAGGAGGUUGACAUGGAUUUGUCUGCAAUGGAUGCUGACUCUCCUCUUCUCUGGAUCCGAAUCGACCCCGACAUGUCCAUUCUGAGGAAGGUGGAGUUUGAGCAGGCGGACUUUAUGUGGCAGUAUCAGUUGCGCUACGAGAGGGACGUGGUUGCACAGGAGGAGGCCAUCUCAGCGCUGGAAAAAUUCCCAACUCCUGCCUCCAGACUGGCUCUGACUGACAUCCUGGAGCAGGAACAGUGUUUCUACAAAGUCCGCAUGCAGGCCUGUUUCUGUUUGGCGAAGAUAGCCAACGCCAUGGUGAGCACAUGGCAGGGUCCUCCAGCUAUGAAGUCGCUGUUCACCAGAAUGUUCUGCUGUAAGAGCUGCCCCAACAUCGUCAAGACCAACAACUUCAUCAGCUUCCAGAGCUACUUCCUGCAAAAGACCAUGCCAGUUGCCAUGGCGUUGCUCAGAGAUGUGCAAAACCUCUGUCCCAAAGAUGUCCUCAACUUUAUACUGGACCUCAUCAAGUACAACGACAACAGGAAAAACAAAUUUUCCGAUAACUACUACCGUGCAGAUCUGAUUGAGGCACUGACUAACUCCCUGACUCCAGCCAUCAGCAUCAACAAUGAGGUCCGGACAGUGGAUAAUUUAAAUGCUGAUGUCCGUCUCAUUUUGGAGGAGAUCACAAGAUUCCUAAAUAUGGAGAAAUUGUUGCCGAGCUUUAGAAACACCAUCACUGUCAGCUGUUUGAGAGCAAUUCGUCAGCUUCAAAAGAAUGGUCAUAUUCCCAGUGACCCAUCACUCUUUAAGUCCUACGCUGAAUACGGACAGUUUGUAGAUGUUCGCAUUGCAGCACUGGAAGCUCUGGUGGACUACACAAGAGGUAGGUUGAGGUGUGUCUUUGCUGACAUGGAUCAAAUCUCUCCUUCAGAUGCCCAUAAGUUUGAAAGGAGUUCGGCAGAGCUGCAGUGGCUGCUCAACCUGGUCCAGAAUGACCCAACUCACUACGUCAGACAUAAGAUCCUGGGUGUGCUGUGUAAGAAUCCACCCUUUACCAAGACAACAGACUCGGCUCUGUGUAAUGAAGCUCUGGUGGACCAGCUCUGGAAACUUAUGAACUCAGGUACCUCCAAUGACUGGCGGCUUCGCUGUGACGCUGUGAAUCUUUACUACACAUUGUUUGGUCUAACUCGGCCCUCAUGCUUGCCACUACCAGAACUAGGCCUGGUUCUCAACCUGAAGGAGAAGAAAGCUGUUCUCAACCCCACCAUCAAGCCUGAGCUGGGUGUCAGCACUGUCUUGGACACCCCUGCCAGUAUAGGCAUCCAUGGUGUGGGCAUGAGCUACACAACGGUGGAUGAAGAGCCAGAUCCUAUUUCACUGGGAGUGUGUGGGGUAGGUCAGCCCCCUCAGGGCCUGAAGAGGAAAGCUGAGACCCCACUGGGGUCUCCUCCAGAGCCAGGACAGGUACUGCAGCAACAGGAUGAUGAUGGAAGAGGAGGGCGCUUCAAGAUCAGGUUCAACACUAUGGAAGAUGAAGACAUUGAUAUGGAGACUGUUCAUGAUAGUCAGGCCUUCAUUCACCAACAUCUGAAUCUGUUAGAAAGACCUUCUACACCAGGUAAAGAGCCACCGUCGGUGGAACAGUCCCUGCUCUCCAUGCCAGCCACACCGGUGCCAUCCUUCGCUAAGGAGACCACCUCCUCAUCCUCUAAGCACGGAGGUGACCAUGGCCACCACCAUCACCACCACCAUCAUCACGAACACAAGAAAAAGAAGAAGAAACACAAGCAUAAACACAAGCACAAGCACAAACAUGAAAGCAAGGACAAGGAGAAGGACAGAGACAGGGACAACUCGCAUGCCUACAGCAACAGCCCGGCCAGUGGCAGAUCCCUGCGCUCACCCUCUCUGUCCGACUAAACAUUCUGGAGGGUAGUUCGGUUUCCUGCUGCAGUUGACUCCAACAGGGCCAUCUGCAUAUAUUUGUCUUACAGUAGCAGGCUUGCAUCCCUGUUCAGAGUUUGUCUCCAUGUUUAAUUGUACUCAAUGUUGAUUACUAAGUAGGUUAUCAAGCAGUAAGAUGCAUUUGGACAAAACUGCACUUCAAUCAUAAUCUUCGGAUAAACAGAAGUAGUUUUUUUUCCCACAAAAACAGAAGUGCAUGUUUGCUUGAAAGGGGAAAAAUGGACUGAACUGAGGCUCUUGUGUCAUUAGGGUAAAUCCUCCAGAGGCAUCUGUGUCAUUACACUGCACACACUCACAUGUUUGUGGACUUUUAACACCGCUUCCAGGCAGUGUGAGGCAUGCAACCACAUGCACCUCUCUCCACAAACAGUCAAAUACAGUCUUAACCAACCUCAUACACUUUUCCCCUGAACAGAGACACCACUUUGGUGUGCCUCAUCCCCACAGCAUCCCCACAGCUCAAUCCCAACAUUCAGAGAGCGGCUUCUGAGGGGAAACAUGAUGGAUUCUGUGUGGACUAAGCCUCCGGUGUCUUUAACAUCCUGCAAAUCACAUUUCCCAGUCUGCUCACAAAUUAAAAUUAAACAAAGGAAAUUGACUCUAUUGUCGAUUGAAACUCAAGUAAUACUAGUAUUUUUUUUGGUUUUGUUCUGUUUUUUUCAGUAUAUUUGCUUUCCAGCUGUUGUCAUUGAUCAAGAUGCUUUUGUAUCUACAAAUGUUUUAACUAGACCAAAUCCAACUCCACAAUGGCAUUUGUGGCUGGAUUUCUCUGGCAGUGUUUCUUAGGUUUGAUUAGGUGGUUUUAAACAAUGAAAGGAACAUGUAGAAUUCAAUACUUACACUUACAAACUGUGAUUCCAAGGGUCAAGAACGGUUUCCUUAUGUAAUCAGCCGUCUUGUCUAAAUAAGACAAUAAAAGACAAAGUGUUGACAUUUAUGUUAAGAUUCUUGUUAAUUAGUAAACGUUAGCAUUUGUUCCCUUUAAGUGCAUGUGAAUUAUUUUGGGAACCCUUCUCUCCUGUGUGGUAAGCAGUUUGUAAUCCCAUUCAUCUCCUAGAUGAAUGGGAUUACAAACUGCUUACUAAGUGGUAAAAAUAGCACUUGUACCAGUCUGUUUCUUAUAUUGAACGCCAUCAUCUACUGAAAACUGAGGUGAUAUCACUGUGUACUGUAUUAAUAGAUGCUCCAGUCAUGACAGAAAUGUAGAGGAUAUUAAUUGAAAGAAGAAUUCACAGGGAUGCAAUGUAAUUUAGGAACCUGGGCAUAAUGUUUUCUAUGUUGCAAUUCUUGUUGUUUCUGAAACAAGUAAAUAAAGUAUGUCCUUUUUUAA